GAGCGAGAGCGGCGGCCGCGGCGGGCGCGGGUACGAUGAGGCUGCUGCUGCUGCUCCUGGUGGCGGCGUCGGCGCUGGCCCGGAGCGACGCCUCGGCCGAGCUGGGCGGCGUGCCUAGCAAGCGACUGAAGAUGCAGUACGCCACGGGGCCGCUGCUCAAGUUCCAGAUCUGUGUUUCCUGAGGUUAUAGGCGGGUGUUUGAGGAGUACAUGCGGGUUAUUAGCCAGCGGUACCCAGACAUCCGCAUUGAAGGAGAGAAUUACCUCCCUCAACCAAUAUAUAGACACAUAGCAUCUUUCCUGUCAGUCUUCAAACUAGUAUUAAUAGGCUUGAUCAUUGUUGGCAAGGACCCGUUUGCUGUCUUGGGCAUGCAAGCGCCCAGCGUCUGGCAGUGGGGCCAGGAGAACAAGGUCUAUGCAUGUAUGAUGGUUUUCUUCUUGAGCAACAUGAUUGAGAACCAGUGUAUGUCAACAGGUGCAUUUGAGAUAACUUUGAAUGAUGUGCCCGUGUGGUCCAAGCUGGAGUCCGGCCACCUGCCGUCCGUGCAGCAGCUCGUCCAGAUCCUCGACAGCGAGAUGAAGCUCAAUGUGCACAUGGAUUCGAUCCCUCACCAUCGGUCAUAGCCCCGCCUCUCGGCACUGAAACUCUUUUACAUUAAGUGAUUUUUGCAAGAGCAGCGUGGCUGACGUCAUGAAGGCCUGCACUGAAGACAGCCAGCUGUUAGUGCAGGCCAGAUGCUCCCCGGCAGGCUCGCUGUCCCUCUUGGAAAACCUCAAUGAAGACAGGUUUCAGCGCUGGCACACGCGGGCUCUGCGCGUCCGUGGAGUGCAAAAUACUGUCCAGUCGUCUCCUCCCCGUCCGCUCAGUUCCCAGUUUUCUAACGAUGUAAACAUUACUACUUCCACCUUUUUCCCUUAGUCAUAUUUGAAAAAAUGGCAAAAUGAGUUAGAAUCUGAUUUUUUUCCAAAGAUGUCUGUUAAAUCUGUUGUGAUUUUAUAUGAAUUUUCCUUUUUUAUAGUUUAGAAUCGAUCUUUUUGGGAAUACAGCUAAAAUUCUCAAAUACUUUAUAAGAGUUUAUCAGACAUCUCUAAUUUGGUGUGUCCAACUAUAUGGGUUUCAAAGUACUGCAGAUUGUGACAGUGCAUUACACGAGAUGAAGGGGGAGAUGCUACAUGCAGAGUGCUCUACCAACGUGUGUGUGCGUGCGCACGUGUGAUUGCCAGAGAAACUACCACAAGACCAACUGCUUUUUAAAUCCUGUUAGAGUUCAGGUGUCUUGCCAUGACCAAUCUAAUGAGUUGAUUAACUGGGCCUUUAUCACUUAACUCAAUAAAAAAUAAGCAGAUAUAAGUUAAAUAAAAACUUUGAAUUUAGUGCCCAGCGUACCUGUUAACAUAUUUAACCGUCGUCUGCUUAAAUUUUUGUUUUUAACUUACAGGUAAUUUCAUUAGGGACAGACUUUAGAUUCACACACAGAUAAAGAUCAUGUACCAUUUUUAGGGAAAUUCAAACUCGCCUCUCUAAAGAAAGUUUAGUUGAACUUCUUUAUAACAUUAAUACUGAGUGGAGAUCACUUGUCUCAUUUAACUUGCCCUAACAUCAGAAUUGUAUUAUAUUUGAGGAAUAAAAUUGAAAAUUUUUAUUCAAUGAAUUUAAUAUUUCAGAGUUCUAAAAAGAUACUGUAAGAGUAAUUUAGCAGAAGUGGGACCAUAAUGUAGAAAAAUAACCCUAUAGCAACAGUCCUGAUAUACUUCGGCCUCCGUAUAGGAAUAGAAGUUGGUGGGAGUGAGGGAGCUAUGGGUAGUUAGGAGAUGUCAGCAUUGGGUCCACUGAACACUCAGCACAGCCUUGUACUUUGUCCGCGAACGUCUGUCGAAUGCGCGGCUGGUAAUAAUCACGCGUGGGACAGCCUCGGGGCGGACCACACUGAUCUCUGGCUGACAAGAUUAGUCUGCAGAAAACUGGUUACGAUGGCUUAUCUUUUUUUUUAACAUGUUUUUGUUGAUUUUUAUUUUAGAGUGAGAGGAAGGGAGCGAGUGAUAGAAAUAUCUAUUGGCUGCCUCCUGCACGCCCCCUGCUGGGGAUCAAGCCUGCAGCCUGGGCACUGCCCUGAUUAGGAUUCGAACUGGCACCUCUCAGCCUGUGGGACGAUGCUCAAUCCACUGAGCCACACUGGCGGGGCGGGGCUUAUCCUUUUAAUUGAGACUGCAGAACUGUUAACCUGAUAUAGUGGCAAGAGGCAACGCAGUUUCAGCUGAGAAGUUACUUACAGGUUAUAACACAGGUGUGGUAACAUUUGUUAUCUUCGACGAGGGCUACAACUUGGUUGACGUGUUUUGUACCAGCUCAGGCCUCCUCCUGCAAGCUGAGCACGCCUGUGUGUCUCGGUCUCCAGCUGCUGGGCAUCCCACCAGUGACAGCUGACUGUUUGGUGUUUACACUUCAGCUUCGAGCCUUGAAAAUGCUCCCAUGUAUCUGACAGGUCAGCUGUGAAGAACCUAAGAUUUGACUUUAACUUUUUCCAUGUUGGCCUUGGGUGGAUAAAUUGUUUUUUAGAGAAUAGCUUUAAGUCGCUUAGACUCUGAUAAAACUCAGCUAUUUUGUUGAUGCCCAUCUCAAUAUUGUUGUUUUAUCUUUGGCCAUAUUUAAAUCUGGGAUUUAAUGGAGUUUAGAGAAAAAAAUAGUGGGCAGCAUGAAUGAUAAAAAGAAAAAUUUAAGGGAAAAGGGAAAGUUCAAUGAAGCUAUUUAGAAUAUAGUUUAUUCCUAACAUGUCAGAAUUUAUCAGUUGCUUGCAGACUUGUGUGGCUCUGUAGUUUGCGAAUGUCUGUACUACAUUAAUCAAGACACAGAGCACGACGGCGGGUUGGCUACUGCUGUGGAGGGUUUUACCGCAGUUGCUAUUGUGGGAGAAAUUAUUUGUUAGAUUAAUAAAGAAAUGUUGGCAAAA